UUCUACUCCAGAGCGUUUACUUUUGGACCGCCACUCUUAUUAAUGUGGCCGUCAAAUUAAAUUUCCGCCGGCCAAUCCAAACAUUGAAGAAACACCAUGGAAACCGAUGAUUCGAACUGGCUUAUUGACUAUGAAAUGAUGGACGAUAUCUCCUCCGCCGUGUCCGCCACCGCAAGCUUCCCGUCGUCGGCCACCAUUGACUUCAGCUGGGUUUCUCAAACCGCCAACUAUUCCUCCACUGCAACAGGGUCAGCUGCCGGGCAAUUAUUUGAGGAAACUGAAGUGUGUAAAGAGGCAAGGUCACGAAAACGGUUGAAGUUAGAGGCAUGCAUCCCAUCUGGAAGCAAUAAGGCAUGUCGGGAGAAAAUGCGGAGGGACCUAAUUAAUGAGAGGUUCCUAGAAUUGAGUUCCAUCCUUGAGCCUACAAGGCCGCCAAAAACAGACAAGAUUGCCAUACUGAGUGGCGCUGUUCACAUUGUGACUUCACUACGAACUGAAAUCGAGAAGCUGAAGGAGUCCAAUUUGGAAAUGGUGGAGAAAAUUCAUGAAUUAAAGGCAGAGAAAAUGGAGCUCCGUGAUGAGAAGCAAAAGCUGAAGGAAGAUAAGAGGAAACUGGAGCAGCAAGUUAAUGCCACCAUGUUUGCAAAGCCUGCAGCAAGCUUCUCUCAUCCAAUCUUAAACUUGGAAGGGCAAGUCGCUGCAGGGAAGAAGAUGAUGCCUGUUGUUGGUUACCCUGGCUUUGCCAUGUGGCAGUUUAUGCAACCUACUAUUGUUGACACUUCCCAGGAUCAUGUCCUCCAUCCUCCAGUUGCAUAACUUUUUGGAGUCCAUCCCGGCCUGGAAUAUACAUAUGCAUGUUUUAAGUUAUUUUAAUAAUAUCAUCUAUUAAGAACAAUUAAACUACUUGAUUGUGUGAAGUGUGAACUACUUGAUCCGAUCCCGUGGAUCUGUUUGUCCUGUUUUUUUUUUAAUGGCUUUCUGCAGUGAUGAGUUAUGGAUGGAGACUCAUAUCUUUUAUCUUCUGAUUUUAA